AUGGGUCAAAAAUCUACUCAUCUAGAUAAUAACUUGCAAGAAGAAGAAUUCUCGAUUCCAUUAUGGAAAUAUAAUAGAGAAAAAAAAAGAUGGUCACAAAAACAACCUGAUCAAAAUAACUCAACAAUACAUUUGGAGAAAUUUCGUGUUGUUACAUAUAAUGUUUGGUUUUCCGGUGAAUAUCAACCGAUGCGUUUUAAAAGUCUCUGUGAUAUAUUAAACAAAUCUCAAGCUCAAAUAAUUGGUUUACAAGAAAUGACAAAAAAUACUCUUCAACAACUUUCAGCUCAAUCAUUUGUUCAAGAACGAUAUUAUUUAUCUGAUGUCGAUGGUCGUACAUUCAAUACUUGGUAUGGUGUUGUUUUAUUAAUUGAUAUUCGACUUCAUAUUUCUGAUAUAAAUUUGAUUGAUUUUCCUCAAUCAACAAUGGGUCGUCGUUUAAUACUUGCAGAAAUAAAAUUAGAUCAAGACGAAACUAUUCGUAUUGGUACUGUUCAUUUAGAAUCUUUGAAUAAUAAAGAACAACGAUCAUGUCAAUUAGAUAUAUGUCAAAAAGAAUUUCAUCAUUCUCCAGGUAGUUAUAUUUUAAUGGGAGAUUUUAAUUUUAAUGGAAAUGGUCAAGAAAAUCUCGAUCAGUUUAAUAGAUUACCAGAAUGGAUUGAUAUUUGGACUUAUGUAAUGGGUUCCGAUAAUCAUGGCUACACUUUUGAUACAGAAAUAAAUUCAAUGACAAAACUUCAUUGUAAAGCAUCAAAUCAAUCAAGAUAUGAUCGAAUUAUUUUCUCAAGUCAAACAAUUAUUCCUACUGAUAUUCAAAUUAUAGGAAAUCAAAGUAUCGGUAAUCAAAAACACUUACCUGUGUUUCCAUCAGAUCAUUUUGGGUUAACAGCAGUGUUUGAAAAGAAAAAAAUAAACAUAUGAUUUUAUACAGAAAACAAAACUACAGAUGAACAGAUAACAGUUAUUAAGACUAAUCUAUAUAUAAAAUUUUUAUUUCAUUAUGUAUUCUAACACAGACUUUUUUCUGUAACAUUCAUGUUUAUUUUCAAACAAGUCUUCUUGAACUAGCUUUAAUGAAUAAGAAUUUCAUAAAUGCAAACAGAAGUACACAUUAGAAGUGGUAUCAUCGCUUGAAACAAGGGUGUGGGGUGUGGGUGUGGGUGUCGGUGUGGGUGUGGGUGUAGGUGUGGGUGUUGGUGUGGGGUGGGUGUCGGUGUGGGUGGGUGUGUGGGUAUGGGUGGGUGUGGUGGUGUGGGUGUGGGUGUGGGUGGUGCGGGUGUAGGUGUGGGUGUUGGUGUGGGGUGGGUGUCGGUGUGGGUGGGUAUGGGUGGGUGUGGUGGUGUGGGUGUGGGUGUGGGUGUGGGUGGUGCGGGUGUGGGUGAUCCUUCUGCGCACCCACACCCCACCCAUCCACACCCCAUACCACACACCCCACCCACCCACACCCCAUACCACACACCCCACCCACCUACAUCCACACCCACCCAUGCCCACCCACACUCCAUACCACACACCCCACCCACCUACAUCCACACCCACCCAUGCCCACCCACACUCCAUACCACACACCCCACCCACACACACCUACCCACAUCCACACCCCAUAUCACACACCCCAGCCACACCCACCCACGCCCGCUCACACCUCAUACCACAUACCCCACCCACACACACCCGCCCACCCACACUCCAUACCACACACACCCACCGACAUCCACACCCAGUCCCGCACCGCACCGAUCCAGACUCAGACCCACACCCCACCCACCCCGUCCCGCCCCGACCCAGCCUCAGACCCCCACCCCACAUCCGGGCGGAUCGUUUCCUCAAAAUCGAAACGUCGCAGACAAGAUUGUCAAGUUUGGCUUAUAAUCAAAGUUGAUUCUCGCUCGUUCCCGAUCCAACGCAGCCACUCUCGAGUUUGUCUUUAUUUGUCAAUUGUUUGACAUCACUGAUCCAUCGUGCUUAUGUCACUCAAUGAACAAGAUUUACUAUGAUUUCAAAGAAUCAACCGACAUUGUUCACCAUUGAUCGGCGUACUCAAACAUUUGUCGUGUUGCUUCACUGAUCAAUUUCAUAGAUUAUAGAAGAGGAAAUUGAAUCAGAUGUUCCAACUCGCCAUUCUGACUGAGUAUCGAGAUCGAGUUCUUUCACAAACGAUCUCAACAAUUUUUGAAAGAUAAUGAAAAGACUGAUUUUUAUUUACAUUCUUUUUCUAACUAAAACUCACACGAUACAUUCGAUGAGAAUGCCCACACUAGGUAACUGUCUAUCGAUUGUGACACACUCAACCGAUCGAUUGUAUUAGAUCUGGUGAUAAAUCAUGUUUCACGGUGUUCUGCAGCAUUGCUGGCAAAAAGAAAGCAUUGAAUGAACCUGUAACAGAAGCUUGUCCAUUUCCCAUUAAGCUUAAAAACACUCGCUUGGUAUAUUUAGGUACGCGAAGAUAAAACAUAGCGUAUCCAGAGGGAUAAAACGAAUAAACAUAACUGAUUAAAGCUGAGUUGGCAUUUGUUGGGUUCGGUUCGGAUAUGGAGGCGUAUAUAGGGCAUGCAGGACAGUUAGAUGUAAACACAAUGACCGAGUCAUUUGUAGUGGUAUAACCAAGGCUGACAAGCUGCAAAGUAUAGUAGACGCCUGAUACUGUAUUCCCAAAAUUCCGUACACCACCGAUGUAGUCAUAAGGAGGAGCGGAGGCAACAAGGGAGCUGAGAAGUGGAGCAGAAACUAUUAGUUCAGUGAAGCUAUUGAAUGGAACAGUAUAGACUCGACUUGGGUGCGAGGCAAGUGAGUUUAAGAUGACCUGGUUACUUCCAAUGCCAACAAUGAUGAUAGUCAUCAAAUGUUCGUUCUCUAGCUGACGAAUGCGAGCUUCGGCAGAAGCAUCGGGGGCAGUUGAAAGCACAACAGUGACUCGUGACCUGGUGCGACAACUUGACCAACAUGAUGCAUUGACAGCAUUCAAAGCUGAGAUUAGAGUUGACGGACUUGAUUGGGAGGGUGCGUAUUGUUUUAGGCUCAGACUUGAUUUGAUUGCGGAUGCGGAGGUAGUCGGGGCGGAGACAACUUGGUCAACGACAGAUGUAGCGCCAUAGAAAAAAAUCCGAAUGAAGGGGCUUGAGCCUGCUGGGGUAAGUUCAGUGGCAAUGUUGUUUAAGGCAAUUUUCAUUUGCCCGAAUUGAAGUAGUGAAAGAUGACUAUUUGUUUCAUCGGCGAGUAACCAAAGGUCGACAGUCUUACCAUUCAGUGGAUUCGUGUAGAUCCGUGGCUGGACCGCUUCCACUUGAGCAGUUGCGACAAUGAGAAACACAAGGAAGGAUGAAAGCAUGAUAGGCUGUGAUAGAAUGAUAUUUCAAUAACAUCUCAAAACGUUUUAUAUCAGAUAAGUUCAGGUGAGCAUCUGGCUUUUUCCAACUAAGAAUAAAAUAUCUCCACUGGUUUGCGUCACUUAUCUAUUAGACUACAGUGUGUGCGUGGGUGAGAGGUUACACGUGGAUCUUCUCUUUACUAGCAUCCACACCGAUCCCAGCAUACCCUCACCCUGAACAUGGCCUAUGAGCAUAAUUCUUAUCCCACUUAUCAACUUAAUUAUUCGAUCCAUUGAUCUAUUCUGGUUCUCGAUCUAAAUAAUUUAAAUCAAACUUGAAAGGUUACGACAUUAAGAAAGAUAACAUAGCUUUAUUAGCAUAAAAUUAAACUAGAUAUACGUACUCUGACCAUAAAGAUUAGGUUUUCAACGCGUACAUUUUCCAUAUCGACUAUUACAGGCGGAUAACGAUGUGGAUGUGGAUGUGGGAGUGUGGAACACUCAUCGACACCCAAACGUCCACAUCUAUACCCCACCCACAUCCCACACGCGCUCUUCGUACUUUCUCACUCACACCUACGCCCGCGCCCACAUCCACAUCACCAUCCCAGAUAUCCACACCCCACCCAUAUCGACAUCCAUACCCAUACCAUUGCAUCUUUUUUAGCAAAUAUUGAAUCAGCUUCACUUCUCUUUGGUAUUUAUUUUACUGUUUAUGUGAGAGAAAUGGGGUCCUAUUGAUAUCAAACCAAAUACAACAUUCGUUGACUGCUUAUCGGGCUAUUCUUGACAAGUAGUAACAGCUUUUCGAGUGCACUUUACACAAAGACGUCAUCUCUUUCUCAGAAAAGAAUAAAAAGAAAAUAGGUAGAAAAUGUAACUCUUGUUUGGUCUCUACGGAUGAUUCAUAGGGUACGAAAAGCACACGUUCGGUUUGGUGUGCGGUGUGGGUGUGGGUGUAGGCUGUGGAUGGGUGUAGGGGUGUGGGUGGGGUGGAGGUGUGUGUAGGAGUAUGGGGCGUGGUUGGGUGUAGGGGUGUGGGUGUAGAUGUGGGUGGGUGUGGGUGUGAGUAGAUGUAAGG